AUAUGAAUGCUAGUGCUUCCUUUUUUGCCGUGCACAAUAGACAGGAGUAUGCUUCUUUGGGAGCACGUUGACGGUUGUGUGGUGUGAUGGACAGUCGGGUUGGGAUAAAGAAGGCCGGAGGAUCCGUCCGGUCCCAGGUUUUUAUCUUUUACAUGUGAAGGAGCGGGUCUUGGCCUCAGCCUUGGUGGUGAGGUUCACAGACAGCUGCUGCGCUGGGCAGGCCUUGCUCUCUGGCCAGGGCCCGGUGGUGCAGGGGUGAUUGGCGGGGCCCUGUUGCAACUCUGCAUCCCUAAAAGGGAAGACCAGGACAGCUGCAAAAAGUGCCCCUAUCACUGUUACUUUCUUUAGGUCUGCGCCGCAGUGGGCAUUCCUUCUGGUAGUUUCUGAAUGAGAGCUUCUGGAAAGUCACCCCUAGGUAUAAAAAGGAGCUUAAGGCUCAGGGAGCUCAGUUUUUGGAAAACACACAAGCAAGACGAGAAGAAGAGAGAACCACACACAGUAACGCAGCUCACUGCAAAGCAACCAGCACGAUGCCAGAAGAAGUGAAGAACAGUGUGCCAAGCCAGCCCAUGGACGAGGAGGUGGAGACCUUUGCCUUCCAGGCAGAGAUCGCCCAGCUCAUGUCCCUGAUCAUCAACACCUUCUACUCCAACAAAGAGAUCUUCCUCCGGGAGCUGAUCUCCAACUCCUCAGAUGCUCUGGACAAGAUUAGAUAUGAAAGUCUAACAGAUCCCAGCAGACUGGAGUCCUGCAAACAGCUGAAGAUUGACAUCAUCCCCGACCAGCUGACCCGUACCCUGACCAUCAUUGACACUGGCAUUGGCAUGACCAAGGCUGACCUCAUCAACAACCUGGGCACUAUUGCCAAGUCGGGCACCAAGGCUUUCAUGGAGGCCCUGCAGGCCGGGGCUGAUAUCUCCAUGAUUGGCCAGUUCGGUGUGGGUUUCUACUCUGCCUACCUGGUGGCAGAGAAAGUGACUGUCAUCACCAAGCACAACGAUGACGAGCAGUACGUCUGGGAAUCUGCAGCAGGAGGCUCGUUCACAGUCAAGCCCGAUUCCAGCGAGCCUCUGGGCCGUGGAACUAAAGUCAUCCUGCACCUCAAAGAGGACCAAGUGGAGUAUGUGGAAGAGAAACGCAUUAAAGAAAUUGUCAAGAAGCAUUCCCAGUUCAUUGGCUACCCUAUCACACUCUAUGUGGAGAAGCAGCGCGAGAAAGAGGUAGACAUGGAUGAAGACGAGAAGGAGGAAGAGACAGAGAAGAAGGACGAGGCAGAGGGAGCCAAGGGGGACAAGCCCGAAAUCGAGGAUGUGGGUUCUGAUGAGGAGGAGGACAAGAAAGAGGAGAAGAAGAAGAGGAAGAAGAAGAUCAAGGAGAAGUACAUCGACUCCCAGGAACUAAACAAGACCAAGCCCAUCUGGACUCGCAACCCUGAUGACAUCACAAACGAGGAGUACGGCGAGUUCUACAAGAGCCUCACCAACGACUGGGAGGACCACCUGGCUGUGAAGCACUUCUCGGUGGAGGGACAGCUGGAGUUCCGUGCCCUGCUGUUCGUCCCAAGACGGGCCGCAUUUGACCUGUUCGAGAACCGCAAGAAGAGAAACAACAUCAAGCUGUAUGUGCGCAGGGUCUUCAUCAUGGACAACUGUGAAGAGCUGAUGCCAGAGUAUCUCAAUUUCAUCAAGGGCGUGGUGGACUCUGAGGAUCUGCCCCUCAACAUCUCCAGAGAGAUGCUGCAGCAGAGCAAGAUCUUGAAAGUCAUCCGCAAGAACCUGGUGAAGAAAUGCCUGGAGCUCUUCACUGAGCUGGCCGAGGACAAGGACAACUACAAAAAAUACUACGAGCAAUUUUCCAAGAACAUCAAGCUGGGAAUCCAUGAAGAUUCCCAGAACCGCAAGAAGCUGUCGGAGCUGCUGCGUUACUACACCUCUGCCUCUGGCGACGAGAUGGUGUCGCUGAAAGACUACAUCUCACGCAUGAAGGACAACCAGAAGCACAUCUAUUACAUCACUGGUGAAACAAAGGAGCAGGUGACCAACUCUGCCUUUGUGGAGCGUCUGCGCAAGGCUGGCCUGGAGGUGAUAUACAUGAUCGAGCCCAUUGAUGAGUAUUGUGUCCAGCAGCUCAAAGAGUACGAUGGCAAGACUCUGGUGUCCGUGACCAAAGAGGGGCUGGAGCUGCCUGAGGAUGAAGAGGAGAAGAAGAAACAGGAGGAGCUGAAGGACAAAUUUGAAAGCCUCUGCAAGAUCAUGAAGGACAUCUUAGACAAAAAGAUUGAAAAGGUUGCUGUUUCAAACAGGUUGGUCUCCUCUCCCUGCUGCAUUGUCACCAGCACCUACGGCUGGACUGCCAACAUGGAGAGGAUCAUGAAGUCCCAAGCUCUGAGGGACAACUCCACCAUGGGCUACAUGGCUGCUAAGAAGCACCUGGAGAUCAACCCAGAGCACCCUAUCAUCGAGACGCUCAGGCAGAAAGCGGAGGUUGACAAGAAUGACAAGUCUGUGAAGGACCUGGUGAUCCUGCUGUUCGAGACUGCACUGCUGUCCUCCGGCUUUUCAUUGGAUGAUCCACAGACGCAUGCAAACCGCAUCUACAGGAUGAUCAAACUUGGUCUUGGUAUUGAUGAAGAUGAUAUGACAACAGAGGACACCACUGCUGCUCCAAUUGAGGACAUGCCCCCACUAGAAGGGGAUGAUGACACAUCAAGGAUGGAGGAAGUUGACUAAGAAACUGUAAAUGUUGGAUAGAAAUAAUGUAAACACAACUGUAAAUGGUUAAAGUUGAAUUCAUUAGGAAUGAACCUGAAAUGCAUAUUCAUUCCCCCUUAUUUUCUCCUUUCUUCAUUCCAUUUUCUUGGCAUUGGAUGGCUGACCACCCUUAUGUUUUCUUUUGUAUUUGAAAUUUGUUCAGAUGUAUUUUUGUAUUUAUUUGCAUUCCAUGUUCCUUGUUUAAGUGCACUGUAAAAUUUCUACAAUCUUGUUGAAUUGUAAGUUGCAAAUAAAAGUUUAAUAUGUGAA